AUGGCUUCAAGGGAUCCAGCUUCCGACCAACUUGUUAACUAUAGCAAGGCUUUGAAGGAUUCACCCGGGUAUAUUACGACAAAAUCUGGUGCUCCGGUUGGAGUUAAGACUGCAAUCCAAACUGUUGGCAAGAAUGGGCCUGCCCUUCUGCAAGAUGUUAACUUCCUUGAUGAGAUAUCCUCAUUUGACAGAGAGCGCAUCCCUGAGCGUGUGGUGCAUGCCAAAGGAGCCGGUGCUUUUGGAUAUUUUGAGGUGACCCAUGACAUUACGAAGUACUCCGCUGCCAAAGUCUUUGAAUCAAUUGGCAAAAGAACUCCUAUUGCUGUAAGGUUUUCAACUGUUGGUGGAGAGAGCGGAUCUGCUGACACUGUGCGUGAUCCAAGAGGUUUUGCUGUCAAAUUCUACACUGAUGAUGGCAACUGGGAUCUGGUUGGCAAUAAUACACCAAUAUUCUUCAUCAGAGACCCUACCCUCUUCCCAAGCUUUAUUCACACACAGAAAAGGAACCCAGCCACUCACCUAAAAGAUCCAGACAUGUUCUGGGAUUUUUUGACCUUGAGGCCGGAGGCAACUCAUCAAGUAAUCUAUCUUUUUGGUGACCGUGGCAUUCCUGAUGGUUACAGACACAUGAAUGGUUAUGGAUCUCACACCUUUAAACUAGUAAAUGCACAAGGGGUGGCACACUGGGUCAAGUUUCACUACAAAACCAACCAAGGCAUAAAGAAUCUGCCUGUUGACAAAGCUGCAGAGCUUGCUUCUACUGACCCAGACUAUUCUAUAAGGGACUUGUACAACGCCAUUGGAAGGGGCGACUACCCAAGCUGGACAUUCUACAUCCAAGUGAUGACAAUGGCUCAAGCUGAGAGCUGCAAAUUCAAUCCAUUUGACCUGACAAAGGUCUGGUCGCACUCUGAAUAUCCCCUCAUUCCCGUAGGUAAGCUGGUUCUUGACAGAAACCCGAAGAAUUACUUUGCUGAGGUUGAGCAGAUUGCCUUCAGUCCAUCAAACUUAGUGCCUGGUAUUGAGCCAUCGCCGGAUAAGAUGUUGCAGGGUCGCCUGUUCUCUUACAGCGAUACGCAUCGCCACCGCUUGGGCGCGAACUUCUUGCAGAUCCCUGUCAACUGCCCAUAUCGUGUAUCGGUAUCGAACUACCAGCGAGAUGGCCCCCAGGCUAUGCAAAAUCAGGAGGGCUGCCCCAACUACUUCCCCAACUCCUUCUCAGGACCACAGGAAUGCCCUCGGGCCCAACGCCUGCAGCCUAGAUACAACGUUACCGGUGACGUUGACAGAUAUGACAGUGGACAGACUGAAGACAACUUUUCGCAGGCUACAAACCUUUAUAAGCAAGUAUUUGAUGAUGCAGCCAAGCAGCGUCUUAUUACAAAUAUUGUCGGCAACUUAAAGGACGCUGCCGGUUUCAUUCAGGAGAGGGCAAUCAAAAUCUUCACCCAAGUUCACCCUGACCUUGGCAGUAAAGUUGCUGCUGGAUUGGCUCCAUACAAGAAGUACCAUGCUAAUCUG